AGUAUGGCGUCUGCCGGUAAGAUAUUCACAGACCAAGAUAAAAAGGCAUUUUACACCGUUCAAGAGGAGCAGGCAUUCGGUUUUUCAAGAUGUUUGGGGAUGUGCUUCAGAAUGAAGACCACGGAAGACACGAAAGGUCUAUUUGUUUGGGUUUCAACCAGCGACACGUUCAAGAAUAGUCCAAAACGGAUUUUUGCCCGACGUUGCAUUCCUUCAAAGAAGGAAGGGGAACAACCAUUAAUAACAUCUGAAGUGCAUUCCAAUAGUGGCCAAAAUGGUAGUGUUAGUUUUAUCAAGUGUAGUGGAAAUGAGAAUAAGAAUUAUCUCAGCUUUGGCUUCUACAGCAAUUUGCCAGAUAAGAUUUCCGCGUAUGUCUUCGACGAAGAAAAACUUCUCGAGCUGAAAUUCAAAAAAAUCUCUCGUAGCCCCGAAGAAUACCAACUAGUCAGUAGUCCUAAAACAGGUUUAAAAGUCAGUCGUAACUUCGAUUUAAGUAGGGCAGUUGGGGCACCACUAAUCGUAACCAACUGCGAACCCGCACGAAAUCAAGUUGUUGGUAUACUUGACGUCAAAACGGAUGGAAGUCUGUAUCCAGUUUUCUUUAAGGAGAACACAUUUGAUUUGGAAUCUAAAGCUCUUCUCAGGCAAACAGAUGAAACUGUAGAAUCCGAAAAUCCAAUUACAGCUAAUUCUUCAUGCCCAGAAUUUGAAGACCAAGACAAGGAAACAAAUACAGCUGCUCCAGCAGGCACAAAAUCAGGAGAUCAACACGGAAGCGACAACUUGGAAGCAACAACCAAGAAUACAGAUAAAACUGACAGCCCUAAUGGCAUUUCAGAAUCAGCUGCCAAGGGUGGGCCAAUAACCCAAGAAACAGAGAAGCCCAAGAAAGACAAAAAGCUCUCACUAGAUGAUAAGUUAGAAAAGCUGUGGUAUAACCCAUUCUUUCAAGAUGAACUGUGCAAAGCACUUGAUCUGGUACAUUUGCAUUCAGAACUCAAAGACCAUCGUCAUGUUGCUCAUAAAUUUGAUAUUCCUGCGGAUGUUCAAAAAAAGAUAGCUGCCAUCCGUAAAGUAAGUCCAUCAGAGAACAUGUUUGAGUACCUAAAGAGCACACGACCAGACCUUACUAUCAAAGAAUUUUGUGAGAAACUCAAGAUGGCAGAGGCUAUUAAACCUCUUAAAAGCAUUCAAUCUGCAAUUGAAGGAAAAGUCUUACAAAAUAAAGACCUUGUAUCACAGUUAGCAGACAAGGACCUCACCCUGAAAAAUAAUCUUAUCUUACAACUUGAUGAAAACAAACAAACGUUUUGGCGAGGACUUGCAAAACAAUUCAAUAUUCCUGAGAAAAAGUGUUCUACUUUUUUGAGAGACCCGGACUGCAACCUAACUCGCACGUUCUUCCUGAUAUUGAACACUCAAUCACCUAAAUUAAAAAUAUCAAAGUUAAAGACUUAUCUUAAAGAUCUUGAAGAAGGAAAGGAAAUGUUGGAGGAACUAAGCAAGAUAUCAGGUGAACGCGAUUUAAAAUGUCUAAAUUCAGAAGCAGCUUUGAUGUGCGAUGUCAUUGAACCUAUGCUCAAUUCACCACAGAGCAGACUUCUAUAUAAGCUGGCUGAAAAGUUCAAAAAAGAUGGCUACCUUAGAGRCAUUGAUAUUGAUGAAUUUGAAGCAACAGAAAGUUAUGAAAGUGCAACUGCUAAAUUGAUGGRAUACAUACUCACCAGCMGAGAAGAAAKUUAUAAAAUAAGGGAUCUGAAAGAUUGCUUGGUUGAGAUAGAACGCAAUGACUGCUGUGACAUCAUAAUGAAAUACGUAGAAGCAGAAGCAGGGACAGAAAAUGAAGGUCAUGCCAACAAAGAGAAUGGACAUAAAACAGACAUUCCAAUUGCUGUCUCAGAAACAGCAACUAAAGAAACAAAUGGAGAUAAAACAGACAGCCCAGUUGUAGUUUCAGGAAUUAAUCAAAACAAAGAGAGUAAUGAAAGGAAGCAAGUCUAUGAGAAAACCUCAACUACAUCUAGUUCUUCAAAUAASCAAYCYAUAUUUGAAGCACAAUGUAUMAAAAACAAACGUCUAGGAGAAGCACGCCAAACUGCCUUACUGUUUAAUAAACUCAAAAUUCUGCUGGACCCUSAAAAGCCUCUGGGAGGUGAUUAUAGAGGUCUUGCAGACAAAUUUGGAUACACCUACGAUGAAAUAUGUUUCUUUGGAAGCCAACCUUCACCAACAGUUGCCUUAUUGCAAGAACAGAUGCAUAAAUGUACCUUCCAAACRCUACGUAAAUAUUUGAAUGAUAUGGRAAGASAKGAUGCAGUURAUAAAAUUGAUGAAUACAUCAAGCAACAAGGUUGCAAUUGUCACAAAUGUUGCAGUAUUCGCUAA